AUGAAAAAUUUCAUUAAAACCAACACAUAUAAAAACGAUAUUGCUUCCAACGAAAAAGUACUUAGAGAUAUAGAACUUUAUGAAAAAAUAUUUUUAACAACCAAAUAUGAAAAUAAAAAAUAAUAAUCUCUAUCUAUAAGAAGGUUAUUACCCAAUAUAUAGUACUCUCAACAUUAACAAUCAAAUAAUACAAAUUAAUAAUCAAUACAUACAAAUUCAUAUAAAUUUACUACUCAAGUUGAUUAAGACUCUAGUUAUUCCAAUCAAUAUUACUAAGUAUUUAUAUUUCUUUAUUAUAGGGUUUUUCAAAAAAAAAAAUGCCUUUCUCCUUGAUUGAUUGUUCCAAAUACUUAAAAUCUUCAAAUUCAACUAAUUAUUUCUAACAAAAAAAAUCACUUUCUCCAUCUAAAUAAAAAAUAGUUAUUGUAAAUCAUCAAGGAAGACCUUAAACCUAUUUCAUUAGAUGA